AUGCGGCCGGCUUGCUUGUCGACAAACCGACUGACCGACCGACUGCGCGUCUGUUGCCUGCCAAUCUUCAGCAUUAGCGCGUAGUAUCCAAACGAACUGGCUGGCUGGCUGUUUAGCGGCUAGUCGAGCGUCUGCAGUUUGUUUGGCUGCUGUGUGUGUUUAUUAUAUACGCCUUCGCGCAUCUUUCAGCUUCAGUUACGUACAAGACUUGGAGGCAAACGGUUCGCAAUAGCGGCUGAACAAGCAAGUGAAGCAAAGAAAUUUGUGAAAAAUAAAAAUUUUUGAAAGUAAAAAAACUGAAUUUUUUGAAAGUUUAAAAUAUUGAAUUUUUGAAUGUAAAAAAUUAAAAUUUUGAAAGUAAAAAAAUUUUAGUUAUAGAAAAAUAUUGAAAUUCUGAAAGUAAAAAAAAAAAUAACUUUUGAAAGUAGUACUGAAAGUGCAGAAGUACUUGGAAAACUGUGUUGUUGUAGUGAAUUGAAACUGAAGUGAACUUAACUGCAAGUGAAUUGAAAACUUUGAAAAAAAAAAAAAUACAAAAAAGUGAAAAAGUUACAAAAAACUGUUAAAUAAAUUGAAUAUGUGUUUUUGAAAAAUAACUGUAAAAGCUACUGAACGUUUCACAAAAACACACUAGUAAAUCUCAAACCACACUUUAAAUAACAAAAGUCCGCACAAACACAACAGCAUGUCGGCGGCAACCACAUACACACGCCUGCGUAACUUGGGCGCGAGCACGAGCAACAAAAUGGCACCCAACACCUCAUUAUUCUUUGAUAAGAAAGCCAUCAAUAACGAUGCCACAACAUACACAUUGAAACUCGGCGGCGCCGGCGGUGCCGCACGCCUCAACGGCACGGCCAACGGUAAAAGUGGCGGACACAGCGUCGGCUCCAGUGAGUCCUCAGAUCCGCUAGAAUCCGACUGCAGCGAAGAGGAGGAGGAAGAGGAGGCGCCACAACGUGUGGUGGACGAUGAAGCGCGACGAAAAGCGCGCACAAAUAACGCAGUGCAUGAGGAGGAGGAUGACGAUGAAGACGAGGAAGAUGAUGAUGAGGAGCUCGAUGAGGAAGAUGAUGAUCCCGAGGAGGAGGAAGAGGAUGAACCCGAUGAGGAGGAUGAUGGCAAUGAGACUGAUGACGAGGGUGAUGAUGAUGAGACAGAUGACAGCAGCAGCGUGGAAACAGCGAAAGGUGUACGCAAAUAUCAUCUGGAUGAUUUUCAAAUAAUCAAGACUGUGGGUACUGGCACAUUUGGUCGCGUUUGUUUAUGCCGCGAUCGCGUGUCGGAGAAAUACUGUGCCAUGAAAUUAUUGGCGAUGACCGAUGUGAUACGCUUAAAGCAAACCGAACAUGUGAAGAAUGAGCGAAAUAUUUUACGUGAAAUUCGACAUCCAUUUGUGAUCAGUUUAGAAUGGUCCACAAAGGACGACUGUUGUUUGUAUAUGAUCUUCGAGUAUGUUUGUGGUGGUGAAUUGUUCACAUAUCUGCGAAAUGCAGGACGCUUCAAUAGUCAAACUUCCAAUUUCUACGCGGCUGAAAUCGUCUCCGCCUUAGAAUACUUGCAUUCACUGCAAAUUGUUUAUCGUGAUCUGAAGCCAGAGAAUUUGCUGAUAAAUCGCGAUGGCCAUUUGAAGAUUACAGAUUUUGGCUUCGCCAAGAAGCUGCGCGAUCGCACUUGGACGCUGUGCGGCACACCCGAAUAUCUGGCACCCGAAAUCAUACAAUCGAAGGGUCACAACAAAGCGGUCGACUGGUGGGCGUUAGGUGUGCUCAUUUAUGAGAUGCUCGUGGGCUAUCCGCCGUUUUACGACGAAAAUCCAUUUGGUAUUUAUGAGAAGAUUCUAAGUGGCAAAAUUGAAUGGCCGCGUCACAUGGAUCCAAUUGCGAAAGACUUAGUUAAGAAAUUGCUGACAAAUGAUCGCACCAAACGCUUGGGCAAUAUGAAGAAUGGUGCCGAUGACGUGAAGCGACAUCGAUGGUUUAAAAAUUUGAAUUGGAAUGACGUCUACAACAAAAAACUAAAGCCACCAAUAAUUCCCGAAGUCGCCUCCGACGGUGACACGAGCAAUUUCGAUGAUUAUCCCGAGAAGGAUUGGAAACCCGCCAGAGCUGUAGACCAAAGAGAUUUGCAGUUGUUUAAUGAUUUCUAAAAUACAUACAUACAUACAUAUAUAUGUACUUAGUUGCUUAAGUUUUGUAGUCUGUAUUUAUUUAUUACCUACCUACUAAUGUUAAUUAAAAUUAAUUAAAUUAAAUAAUGAAAUAUAAAUUAAAUAAAAUUAGCGUAAAAAUAUAUAAAAUACA